GUAACUUCCGGCCGCCAACACCGGCAGCGCUUUUUCGCGGUAAAAUGAAAUGUAUACUUGUCAUCGAGGAGAUUAAUUUCUUAUCUUAUAUUCACAGCUUUAACUGAUCGCUCUGAUUCAUAAUACCACCAUAAAUCGUUCAGUUCAGUGAAUCGUAUUUUCGGUGUUAUGCAUUAGCAUAGCAUAGCAUAGCUGAAGUGUCAACAAAACACCGGACUGUGAUCAUCUUCGUACCUAACUGCGUUCGUUUAAUUCAACAUAAAAGAUGUCAUCAGUAACUCAGGAAAGUUUAAAAACAGAGCUGGACAUGUUCGGCAUAGACUGUGACAACGAGGACGUACUGGACAAGAUGGUGGAGCAGUGCAUUUGCAACAGGGUGAAGGUGGAUGAGAUGGUGCUGGAGUGGGUGGCUUACAGCACCACGAAAAAUGGACUGAAGCUCACGAUGCAAACACUGGAACAAUUUGAACAUGAGAUUUUAAGCAAGAGGAAUAAAUCCAAACAAAGCUUCAAAAGAGAAGAAACACACAACAGAACCAGAGACAUUCACACACUGCAGGACUUAAUCAAAGCUGAGGAAGAAGAGGAGAAUCUACUGGACUCUUACUCUACUCCUGCAAAGGGGUCUCAGAAAAGAGCAUUAACAACCCCUGAACACCCUCAUUCAAAGAGAAGUGUAGCUCUACUUUCCAGCCCCGGUCUGCUUCUGUCUCCAGCCAGCUUCUCUCCCAGUGUAACUCCCUCACAAAAGUACAGCCAGCGCAGUGCGAAGGGAGAGGUGAUGGUCUCAUUCGGAGCUGUGCAGGGCACGCGAUGGGCCGGCAGGAAGACUCCAGGUGCAGGAGUCCAGGUGGAGCUGCUGGAAGGGCCUGAAGACAGUCUGUGCAGCAGCUACAAGUACAUGUUCCAGAGACUGCGCGAUGUGCGAAAUGUGUUGACAGAGAAGAUUGAGGAGCUGGGGGAGGGUCUCAGGUCUCAUUUUAGUAUUGAAGAGUUCUCUCCUGUUUCUCUUCCUGCUCAGGAUGUUAUCACUGUGUUGGGUCAGGUGUGCUGUGACAGUAAUGGAAAACUGAACGCACAGUCAGUUCUGUUGGAGGCAGGACCAGAGCAAGGUGGUCAGCAAGUACCCGUUGACCUAUCAGAGCUAAAAGAAUACUCACUGUUCCCUGGUCAGGUGGUAAUGAUGGAGGGGAUGAACACAACAGGGAGGAAACUAGUGGCUUCCAAACUCUACGAGGGUGUCCCUCUUCCCUUUUACACUCCUGGAGUGAAAAUGGAGAUGGAUGAAGCAGCAGAGCCGAUGAAUGUGCUGGUGGCCUGUGGACCAUACACUCCCUCUGAUGGGCUGACCUUUGACCCCCUGAUUGACCUGAUUAAUGUCAUUGUCAAGGAUCGUCCUGAUGUCUGCCUGUUGCUUGGACCAUUUGUGGAUUCGAAACAUGAACAAAUUGAGAAAGCUCAGGUGACUGAAACCUUUGAAGCCAUUUUCUCACGGUGUAUUGAAAGCAUUGUGGAUGGCACCAACAGUGUUGGCUGCCGCCUGGUGUUUGUGCCUUCUCAGAGAGACAUCCACCACCAUUUCAUCUACCCACAGCCUCCGUUCACACUGCCAAACCUCAGCAAGGAGCAGGCCCAGUCCGCUCUACAGCGCAUAACACUGGUCCCUGAUCCCUGCACUUUGCUGAUUGAUGGUGUGACCUUUGGUGUGACCUCCACUGACAUCCUGUUUCACAUGGGAGCAGAGGAGAUCAGCUGUGGAACUGGAUCGGAAAGAUUCUCACGCAUAUUAAAGCACAUGUUGACGCAGAGAAGUUAUUACCCUCUGUAUCCGCCUGUGGAGGACGUCAACAUGGACUAUGAGAAGUUCCAGAGCUAUGGUCAGAUGCCCCUCACCCCUGACAUCCUUAUUAUUCCAUCUGAGCUUCGCUAUUUCAUCAAGGAUGUGGUCGGUUGUGUAUGCGUCAACCCGGGGCGUCUGACCAAAGGCCAGGUGGGCGGGACCUACGGCAGGCUGCUCAUCCAACGCCCCGCCCCCUCAGAGGACGGGACAAGACAGAUCCCCUGUUCCGCUGCUCAGGUGGUGAAAAUCUAACAAGUAUCGAGACCUUUUUAUGCAAGUUAAUUUUGUAUGUUCCUUACAUGCUGUGUGCUCUUAAGUCAUGUUGAUGUAAAAUAUGUAAAAAUAAACAACUUUACUGUUAAGAUCA